CCUCCCCGCGCUUCGAUGGAACGGUCGGGACCGGUGGCGUGACGCCAUGGCGCCCUCCCGCCGUGCCCUGAAGAAGGCCUUCCUGGAGCUCAAACGCUUCCCGAGGCGCAAGGACGUGCAAGAUGUACUGGGAUUGGUGCACCUUCAAGAGAACUUUGAGGCAUCAAAGCUCUUGAAGUUCUUGGCUAACGAGAAGCGGGCAGACGUCAUUUUGCCAUUGCUCCAGAUUUUGCAGCAGGAUGGCGCGCCCCUGUCCCCGCGCUGCUUCACGACGGGGAUCUCCACGUGCGCGAGGUCACGCCUUUGGAGGGAUGCCUUGGCCCUUUUCGACUUCAUGAAAGUCACAGAGGUGUCUCCCAACCUCUUCAACUACAGCGCUGUGAUCAAUGCUUGUGGGCGAAACGGACAGUGGGAGAUCUCAUGGCGGAUUUUUCAGGAGAUGUCUGAGAUGCAAAUCUCGCCAGAUGUGGUGAGCUAUGGCACCGCCAUCAGCUGCUUCGAUCACAGCUCCCAGUGGGACUUGGCCUUGCACAUCUUCCACGAGAGCCAGCGAUCGGUUCCAGCAGACAUCGUGGGCUUUAGUGCGAUGAUCAGCGCUUUGGACAAGGCUGGACGCUGGGAAGAUUCAUUAAGCUUGUUCGAAGAGAUGUCCAGUGCAAAUCUCUCGCCAGACACGAUUUGCUUGUCAGCCGUCAUUAGUGCAUGUGGAAAGGGGCGGCAGUGGCAACUGGCUUUGGAGAUCUUACAUGAGAAGGUGUCUGAGCCUGAUGUGAUUUGCUUCAGCGCAGCGAUUUCUGCGUGCAAGAAAGCUGGGGAAUGGAAGUUUGCAGUGCAGCUUCUUCAAGAGAUGGAGGACCUGAACUUGCGGCCCGAUUACGUCACCUGUUGCGGAGCCAUCAGUGCCUGUGAAAAGGGACACCAAUGGCAAGCAGCGUUGGAACUUCUGCAGGUCAUGCCAGAAGCUUCGAUGACUUUGGAUGCCAUUAGCUACAACGCGACGAUCAGCUCUUGUGCAAAAGGUGCCCAAUGGCAGACGGCGCUUCAGUUGCUGGACACCAUGCUUUCCGUGGAGGUGUGGCCUGAUGUGAUCAGCUGCGCUUCAGCCAUUAGUGCCUGUGAGAAAGAUGCACGGUGGCUCAUGGCCCUAGGGGUCUUCCAGUCAAUGUAUGACUUCAAAGUCUUCCCUGAUCGGAUCAGCUUCAAUUCAACGAUGCGUGCUUUUGCAAAAGAUGGACAGUGGCAGUUGUCCCUCAGUUUGCUCCAUGACAUGAAGAAUGAGGAGAUUCAAGCUGAUGCCACUAGUUUCAAUGCUUUGAUCAGCUCUUGUGACAAGUCAGAGGAGUGGGAGAUGGCCCUCCAUCUCUUGGAAGAGAUGCUUCAGGUGGACUUGCAGCCUGAUCUCAUUACUUACACCUGCUUGUUGAACUGCUAUGAGACAGCUCGUCAGUGGCAAAGGGCCUUGGAACUCUUUGCAGUUUUGCCCGAGAUCAAGGCCAUGCGGUUGCUGUUUCUUUUUUAAAUCAUCGUUUGCUCCAUGCGGUUGCUGAGGACAGUAUUUUUUCUUUUGCCGUUUUUUGUGUAGAAUUGUUGGAACUCCUCCCACUGUGCGACGUGAUGUUGUUCUUGUGCCUGAAGCCAGCAAUCAAGGCCGGACACAUGUUUGAGGGUUCCAUGCCACUGAUAGACUUGCUGUUCUGUCGAGUACGCAUGGAAACCUUUACAGUGUGCAGUUCCCAAUGGCUCAAAGUUGUCCAAGAACUUUUGUGAUUUCAUGACAGUCAUCGAAAAACACACCAUUCUCUCAUGAUCCCAGUCGCCCAGUCGCUUGCGACUGGGUGGAAGGGAGACAAAAGUGGACAUCUCAAUCCUCAGUGUAAAUUCGCAGUUGUGUUGUGUUGAUGUCGAUUCCCGACCCGUGGGUGUGGUGUGCUGCCUGAAAACA